UGAAAAGGUUCACAUUAUAAAUAUAUGAAUCAACAAAUCUAAUUUGUUCAAGUUCCAUUAUAACAUUGCCGUAGUUCUUUGAAACUUUAAAGCAAACAAGAGCAACUAUUAGAAAUGGUGUCUACUUUGCAAUCAUAUGUCUAUGAAGAUUUGGAUCCAAAAAUUGAAACACAGAAUACUCAAGAAUCACACCUUUUCAUUGUUCACAUUCCUGAUGGUUUCACAAAAGGAGAUUUCGGUGCUAAAAUUGAGUAUGAUUUUGGAAGGGUGAGAAUUUUUGGUGAAAGAUCAAUUGGACCAAAUAAAAAGAUGCGUUUCAAUGAAAAGUAUCAAGUUCCAUCACAUUGUGAUAUUGGCAAUAUUAGAGGCAAGUUUGAUGGAAAAACUGUCACUAUUACAAUGCCAAAUAUUCCAGGUAAAGUUCCUCAACAAGAACAAAAACCAAUUGAAGAAAACACUUGUCAUCAAGAUCCUAAGAAAACAUACUCAAUGAUCAUCGAUAAACUCGGUGAUGGUAACGAAGAUGAUGAAAAGAAGAGUGAUAAAAAGAGCUUUGGUGAAUCAACAAAAACAAGAAUCAAAGACAUGGCUUUGUCUACAACUCAAGCUGUAACUAAUUAUGCAAAGAGGUUCCAUGAAGAAGAUAGACAAAAGCUAAUUUACACUGGUGCAACAAUUCUUGUCGUAGCGCUCGGUGUUUACGCUUCUUACAAGUAUCGUUCAUCGCGUAGAUCAUAAACAAAUUGCAUGUCUAUAAGAUUUAAUUUUUACUACCUAUAGUAUCUAUCAUAUUUGUAUCAUACUUGACAAAGAAAUCAAAAUUUAUAUUGUGAGCUUA